CGGGCAUGAGUGUGUGAGUGUGUGUUAAAAUGUGUGUGUGUGAGUGUGUGUGAGUGUGUGUGUGUGGCUAUGGACUGCCUCUGCAUUGUCACCACCAAGAAGUACCGUUACCAGGACGAUGAGACUCCGCCUGUUGACCCCAGCCCCGGUCACAUGACCCACGGACGCAGCGCCGAGCUGAGCCACACACACCUGGACGGAUACACACACCACCCUGCAGCACUCACUAUGAACGGAUCAGAGGGGGAACUGGAGUACGAAGAAAUCACGUUGGAGAGGGGGAACUCGGGUCUGGGCUUCAGCAUCGCUGGAGGAACUGAUAAUCCUCACAUCGGAGACGAUCCGUCCAUCUUCAUCACCAAGAUCAUCCCUGGAGGAGCCGCCGCCCAGGACGGACGCCUCAGGUAGU